AUGGGCGAAGAAAUUCCUAAGCCGAGUGGUCGCAAACGUGGUCGUCCCCGAACUGUGACUGAUGAUCAAGAAGUGCCAGAGGUGGGUCAGAUCCCAACGCUCCAAGUGCUCGUUUUUAUACUUAUCAAUUUUCAGAGACGUCGCAAACAACUUCGCCUCGCACAGCAGGCAUAUCGCAAACGAAAGGAGACCACGAUCGGUAACCUGCAGAAUCGUGUGAACGAACUAGAGACCGGCAUCGAGAACAUCAGCCACUCUUUCCUGUCCUUCAGUAAUCUUCUUAUAGAAGCUCAAAUCCUUUCGCAAUAUCCGCAUAUCGCAUCGGCCCUUCAAAACAUAACUCAGCAAUGCGUAUCACUUGCAAAGGCUGGGAGCGAUGAAACGACUGAGGAGGCCCUCCCCCUCGUCCGGGCCGCAAAAGAGUCCCGAGUCACAAAUAAUAAUACAGCCCAGACACCAGUUCUGGAUAAUACAUACUCAGAAGCUUCAACAGACGUCGAGGACAUAUUACAACCAGGUACCACGAGAUGGCCCAGCCCUCCUACCCCACCAUACCACGAUCAACCCAUCCUGCAAUUCGACCUCGUCACGUCGUCACCUAUUGUUCAAUUUCCUUACAUCACUCCCCCGUUAUCGGAUUCCUCAACACUGGACCUAUUCCCUAGUAAUAUCACGCCUGACAGGCAAUGGAAUGUCGCACAGCGUCUAGUCCGGACUUGCUGUCAGAACGGAUACCGCCUUCUUGUCAACAGUCCGGAUAAUUUCGCAGUCCACCGUAUCUUUGGGUCUGUUCUGAGCAUGUCAGAACGCAAUAGUUUGAUCUCGGGCUUUUACGCUAUUCUUCAAGACAAGACCGGUGACUUGAUAGAUCGCAAGACUAAUGUGUUUCACGCACUGCGAUCGAGUAUGAACAUGCUAUCGGGUGAACAACUCCAGGUCUCGUCUAGAACGUGGCAGAUUGCACGCGAAUCAGCAUCUGGGGAAUGGUUAGAUGCCAGUGGAGUGCAAAAAUAUCUACGCGACAAGAGAGUGAUCAUUGAUAGUUUUCGUGAUUCCUCUGGCCAUCUUGAUUAUUCGGUCUCGUCAUCACUUGACAUGGCGACUUUCAUAAAAUUCCUCUCAAAGGAAGCCAUAUGUGUUGGGAAUGGUCCGGGAUUCCGACGGCAGAGCGUUGAAAAAGCUCUUCGUCUGGCAACGAUAAGUUUGCCUUGGGAAUUCGAUAAUCUUUGCGAUUUAUAG